AUGAUGAAACCCUCAGCGAAAUCAAUACAGAGAGUUGGUCGUUUCUUAAGGAAAAGCCUUGGGAGCAUCAAAUCCACUGUCUGCUUUGGUAAACACCACAACUUCCCUAACAACAAUACUCCACUCUUGAGCCCCUUCUCAUGCAGUCUUCACCGCUCAUGUCCACAAGAUUCCCAAACUGAAGAAACGUACAGCAUUGUCUCUUGUGAGAGCAAGGCUGUUGCUGCAGAAACCAGAGAUGAGAGACUCAUCAACAAAAGCCAACAUAAGAAGAAACCGAAGAAAAAAGUUGCAGAGCCGCCAUUCGAGGAGGCCAGGAGAAGAGGUGACAUGCUGGCGCAAAAGAUGAAAGAUCUCAACAUGGUUGAUCUCAGAGACGUGGAACAUGCAUCGGAUGUAAAAGAAGCGCUUAGAUGCUAUUCAAGCAUUAGAAGCCCUGUCUACCUUGACAUCGUUGACAACUUCUUCACUGACAUGUACUACGAGUUCUCUGAUCCACGCACUUCUUCCUGUAUCAAUGGUUCAAGAAGAAAAGCAGGAUCUUUCAGACUCUAA